CUUGCUUCAACGUCAUGCUGUCUUUUGCUGACUACGAAAUGAUACUGCCAUGGUUGUGAUGCUUGGAAAAUAAGAUUCUCGAGCUGCUGUGGAAACAGCGUUCCAAAAUUACGGUCUCGAAAAGGAAGGCGCUUUGGCCCACAGAGCACAGCACGUAAACCGACCUCCGAGUGACUGCCGACUCGUGUCUUUUCGCCUGCUGCUCGUCCACCAACAAUCAAAGUCGUGAUGCCAGAACUGUAUCCGUCGAUUGCGCAGUGCGCCGUCGUAGCGACAGCCUUGAAGGUGCUGCUGUUUCCUGCAUACAAGUCGACCGAUUUCGAGGUUCACCGCAACUGGCUGGCACUGACACACUCACUGUCCAUCAAAGAAUGGUACUACGAAAAAACUUCAGAAUGGACGCUCGAUUAUCCCCCAUUCUUCGCCUACUUUGAGUGGCUGAUGUCUCAGGCUGCUGCAUACAUCGAGCCUGCCUUGCUGAAUGUAAAGGAUCUCAACUAUGACAGCUGGCAGACCAUAUACUUCCAGCGGACAACUGUCAUCGUCACUGAGCUAGUCCUAGUCUACGCGCUGCAUCUCUACGUCAAGACCUCAAAGUCGAAGGUCACUGCACACGCCGCUGCACUGUCUAUCCUACUUUCUCCCGGUCUUCUUAUCAUCGACCAUAUCCACUUUCAGUACAACGGCUUCCUCUAUGGCUUACUGAUCCUGUCCAUGGUGCUGGCGCGGAACCAGUCGACCAUCCUCCUGUCAGGCAUCCUCUUCGCGGCGCUGCUGUGCCUGAAGCAUAUCUACCUCUACCUGGCCCCUGCCUACUUCGUGUUCCUUCUUCGCGCAUACUGCCUCGGUGAGCGUCGGGCCUUCCCGUACUUCACAAUUAACUUUUUCAACUGCGUGAAAUUAGGAGUAGGCAUUAUUGCAGUAUUCGCUAGUGCUUUUGGUCCGUUUGUUGCUUGGGGACAACUCGAGCAGGUCUUCAAGCGGCUUUUCCCAUUCUCACGCGGACUCUGCCAUGCCUACUGGGCUCCGAACGUUUGGGCGAUGUAUUCGUUCACUGAUCGAGUGCUCAUCUACUUGGCCCCUCGCCUUGGCUUGGCAGUGAACCAGGACGCAGUCAACAGUGUCACUAGAGGACUCGUUGGAGACUCAUCGUUCGCCGUGCUUCCCGACAUCGUACCCCUCACAUGCUUUCUUCUCACAUUAGGCACUCAAAUCCCUGUUCUCAUGCGUCUGCUGUAUAAGCCAACAUGGGAGACGUUCGUUGGUGCAGUCACUCUGUGCGGCUAUGCUUCGUUUCUCUUCGGGUGGCAUGUCCAUGAGAAAGCAAUCCUGCUUGUCAUUAUCCCUUUCAGCCUGGUCGCACUCCGUGACCGCCGAUAUUUUGGCGCUUUCCGACCUCUGGCAGUCUCCGGCCACGUCUCGCUUUUCCCCCUACUGUUUACAGCCGCAGAAUUUCCCAUAAAGACGGCGUACACCAUUUUCUGGCUCGUCUUGUUCUUAUCGACAUUUGACAGACUGGCACCUGCCUCAUCCGAACGACGCCUCUUUUUGCUCGAUCGCUUCUCUAUUGUCUACAUUGCUUUGUCCAUUCCUUUGAUUGCAUACUGCUCCCUGUUCCACGUCAUCAUCUUCGGUUCCCGCUACGAGUUCCUUCCUCUCAUGUUCACCAGCUCCUACUCCGCCAUCGGCGUGGUCAGUAGUUGGCUAGGAUUUCUGGUCGUAUAUUUUGAUACAUAGCUAUGGUUAAUCUUUGGUUUCAACCAGAUCUACUCUGGCUGUUUCAAUUGUUUCUCUGCCACACAACUUAAGCCACAGAUUACGCCGAGUGUUGGAAAUGCUUUCAUCCCACGUGAAGGUAGAGUCAUUAUUCAGAUAAAGUCAAAGUGACUGUCUGUGAGCUUAGUUCUCUCAAGUAUACUGGUCAUGGAUCAAGUAGGUCAUCAUUGUCAGAGCUCGUGCUAUUCGUGUCUUGUAGUGCUAGGAAGGGGGUCCGAAUGGUACCUGGACAUCGUAGUGGGUUUGAUUAUUAUUGAUAGUAUGUUGGAAACCAACAGCAGUCAUUUUAGUA